CAACCCUUCAUCACGCGUCCGAAACCAUGUAAGAAACCGUAUACGCCGUCACGUGGUCACGUUGUCUACGCGCCAUCGCGACGCGCCUGGCCGACGACGUAAUAUUCCGCAGACUUCGACGACCGCGACUUCCUCCUCACUGCAAAGCCAUCUCCAGCACUCAGAGUCAGUAACCACCCAUGGCCGAGAGAACCACUCUCAAGCACACGCUGGAUAGCGAUGUCGAGGGAAGCGCUGCUGCUGCAGCGCCUCCUGCUAAGAAGCCGCGCGCGUCGACCAAGAAGAAGGCGGCGGCGGUGCUGGGCAAGUGCGGCAUGACGAAGAAGGAGCUGGGAGAUGCUAUCCAGCGCGGGUUGAGACUUGAGAAGUAUGAGGCACAACGGACGAUGGUGGAGACCACCAUGGAUGCGACGUUCUUCAGCGCGUUCUUUGGCGUCCCAGGGGUAAAGCUUUCGCCUCCGACGUUUGACGAGACUACGCCUAUCGUCGUGGCCGACUUCAGCGGCCGUGUCGGCGGAGAGAUAUUCGGGGUGAGCAAAGUCAAAGGCGGGAAUCGAUAUACCACAAACCACGUCAGACGCCUUGUCGCAAUCCUAUACCCGGCCGAGGAGAAGUUCGUCAUGUUCUUCUCCAUCUAGACCAAGGCCCGCUCUUGUCAAUGCUUUGUCUUGCUUGUUACGUGUCGUGCUAAGGAUCUGUUACCAUGCAAUCGCUUUUCAUGGAUUUCGAUGUAAUCGAGACACGUUCCUCCGAGUGUCUGACAUGAGGCUGCGUGUUGACAAUGUUGUUCUCCGAGGCUUCUCCACGGUGUCCCGUGUGUUGUACGAAUUGAGACUUCC